AUCUUGAGUUUUAUGUUUGUGUUGAACUUUUUUUCAGUAUUUGAAGAAAUAAAUUCAAUCAGCUCCAAAUAGUAAUAAAAUUAUAAAUAGAGGGGAACAAGUAAACAGUUAAUACAGUGCAAAUCAAUGAUACCAAAUCUUGUAUUAACUCUGUGAGUUUGUAACUAGUAUGUAAAUAUUUUCCAGCCCUUGAUAUUAAGUCUGCGCUCCUCCUUUUUUUGAUCCCGCCUCUUUCUCUUAAAGUAUAAAACUUUUGAUUUGACCCAUGCUCCCAAUCGACGGAAAUUCUUCACAGACAAACAUGCUCGUCUGGGUGGUAUUAGCAGUUGUGGUUUUGCUGGGACUUUUGUUCCGCUUUCCUUACUUUUUCCAGGAUGUCCGAUACGUAUUCAAAAAAUUAAAACUGAGACGCUUGAUCUUAAAGCACAUGCAGACAAACUACACCAUCCUGGACCGGUUUACAGACGCGGUGAAGACGCAUCCACACAAGCCGUUCGUUCAUUUCAAAGAUGAGACCUUCACCUACCGGGACGCGGAUAAACUCGGCAACAAAGUCGCCAGAGUCUUUCUGCAGAGCGGCCAGGUUAGAGAGGGCGACACGGUCGCGAUGUUCCUCGCAAACGAGCCGAUGUUCCUGUGGCUCUGGCUGGGUUUGGCCAAGAUCGGAUGUUCCGUUGCUUUACUCAACUACAACAUCAGAUCCAGGUCCCUGCUACACUGCUUCAGCUGCAGCGGAGCCAAAACACUGGUGGCAGCUGCAGAGUUACGGGACGCUGUGGAGGAGGUCCUGCCCAGUCUGCUGGAGCAGCAGGUCAGGGUUUACAUCCUGGCUGACAGAUCUGACACCUCAGGUGUGGAGAGCUUCAAAGACAAAAUGAGCCAGGCCUCCUCUGAGCCUCUGUCCAAGGAUUUAAGGUCACAUGUAACUUUGCAGAGUCCAGCAGUCUACAUAUACACAUCUGGGACAACAGGUCUCCCUAAAGCAGCAGUCCUCACUCAAGCCAAACUCUGGGGCAUGUCUUGGCUUCAGUUAUCAUCUGGAGUGAACUCCAAAGAUGUGAUUUAUGUCAGCCUCCCUCUGUAUCACAGCUCGGGCUUCUUGGGCUUCACCGGAGCCAUAGAGAGGGGUAUCACAUUGGCUUUGAGGAGUAAAUUUUCUGCCUCUCAGUUUUGGGACGACUGCAGAAAAUAUAACGUCACCGUCAUACAGUACAUAGGUGAAACUGUGCGUUACCUCUGCAACACACCACAGAAACUCAAUGAUCGAAGCCACAAAGUGAGACUUGCAAUAGGCAAUGGGAUAAGAGCAGAUGUCUGGAGGAACUUCAUAAGCAGGUUUGGAAACAUUGAAAUCAGAGAGUUUUACGGAGCAACUGAGGGGAAUUUUGCUCUGAUGAAUUACAGCGGCAAGAUCGGAGCUAUCGGGCGAGACACCUUCCUCCACAAGAAGUUUUUCCCAUAUGCUGUGAUCAAAUACAACAUAGAAAAAGAAGAACCUGUGAGGGAUUCAUCUGGCUUCUGCACAGAGGCUGCCAAAGGUGAGCCCGGACUUCUGGUAACUGCAAUAUCAGUGAGGACUCCGUUCUAUGGAUAUGCAAGAAACCUGCAGCAAACAGAGAAGAAGAAGCUGCAUAAUGUCUUCAAGAAAGGAGACCUGUACUUCAACACUGGUGACCUGGUGCGUAUCGAUGAAGAUAAUUUUGUGUACUUUCAGGAUCGAGUUGGAGACACGUUCAGAUGGAAAGGAGAAAACGUGGCUACAACUGAAGUGGCUGACGUCAUUGCGCUGGCGGACUGCAUUAAAGAAGCCAACGUCUAUGGAGUUCAAGUGCCAGGUCAGGAGGGGAGGGCUGGGAUGGCUGCCGUUUCUUUAAGAGAUGGACAGAAAUUUGACUCCGCGGAUGUUUUUAAGCAUAUCCAAAACUUCCUGCCGGCCUAUGCAAGACCACGUUUUAUGAGGAUUCAGAGUUCCUUGGAUGUAACUGGCACGUUCAAGCUUUUGAAGGUGAAGCUGGUGGAGGAGGGCUUUGACCCAAAUCUAAUAACAGACCCACUCUACUUUCUGGAUGAAAAAGAAAAGAAUUACAUCCCACUUACGCAGGACAUUUUCAGUGGACUUACAUCAGGGAAAAUCAAAAUUUAAAGAAAUUGUCAUUGCCUCGCUUUUAAAAGAAAAAUCCACCUCCUCACACUGUAACACAUCACCCACCUGUGAUGUUCAGUGCAUUUCAGGGGGGUUGCUUUGCGAUGAAGUGUUUGUGAGAUUUAUGUUUGUGCUUCUGCUUCAGCAGUAAUUUCAUACAUAUCCCGAAAUGACUUCAAUUCUCCUCCAGAGAAGACAUUUGAUCCUGUUACACUGAGCUGUGAGACUGAUGUAUACACAUUUACACCACACAAGUGCAGAGACACUGGAGCUUCAAUUAGAGCAAGAAAUCAAGUUUUUCCAGAUGAGAAAACUGAGAGCUGUGAGCUUCUUGUUCGAACAGCGUGUUCUCGCUGCAUUGCAUUUUGGUCUGUUGAGGCUAUUGUGAACGUAGGAGCUGGCAUCUCUUGUAUAUAAUGAAGUUCUCUUUGUGUGAUUGUUGAGUGUCUGUUGUUACGCCCCUCUCUUUCUGUAGGGCUGAGUGAUCUGAGUAAAAUAAGUUAUUAUGACUUAUGCACCUUUAAAUCAGCUCUGCUCUCAGGGUCUCUCUCUUUUUCUAGAUGCCACAUCUCCAGGUUUUUGGUGUGUUUGAUAUUUCUGCUGCCUUCAACGCGCACAUGCUAAUUUCCCACUCAUUCAUACACCACUGAUGUAGCAAACUUCCACAGCCCACUCUUAUCCUGUUGUAAAUAUCUGAUUCUGUUCAUUUAAAUAAAACAUCCUUU